AUGGCGAUCUCUUUGAGUUACAUUCUUUACGCAGGCGUUGCUUUUGUUAUCGCGCGUAUCCUAUACGAAUUCUUCCUCUCUCCUCUCCGUCGUAUUCCGGGACCUAGAUUUUCUAAGUUUACAGAUGCUUACAGGGCUCAUCUUACAUCCAAGGGCCAUGCUGAUGGGCAUAUGAGAGAGUGGCAUCGGAGAUGGGGUAGUGCUGUUAGGGUUGGUCCUAAUACUGUGAGUAUUAGUGAUCCUGAUCUUAUUAGGGUGAUCUACACCACGAGAAACCCAUGGAGAAAGAGUAACAUGUACCGUCCAAAUGACGUCCUGGUAAACGGUCAACGCAUCCAAAACAUCUUCAACACCCAAGAUGAAGAUUUCCACACAAAAUACACAAAGCCCAUCAGGGGAUUCUGGACUCUUCCCAAGAUGCUGGAAGCUGAACCUCUGAUGGACGAAACCUUGUGCGAAUUGAUUACCCAUCUUGACAAACGCUUUGCAGCAACUGGCUACGUCUGUAAAAUGGACGAUUGGGUAUCCUACUACGCCUGGGACGCCGCCGCAAAUAUCAGUUUCGGACGCACUUACGGAUUUAUGGAGAAAGGCGGUGAUGUACAGGAUAUCAUCGCCGAGUCCACGGCUGGCCUCAAGUACUUUGCGCCCGUUAGCCAAAUUCCUUGGUUGGAUGAGUGGCUGGACAAAAACCCCAUUAAGAGAAUUGGUCCUCGUCCACUUGUCAAUGGAGUUAUGUACACCAUCAAGAUCCUCACCGAAUAUCAACAACAAAUCGCCUCAGGGGCAGCGAAGCGCAAGCCAGUUGAUUUGUUCAUCGACAAGUACAACAGUCUGAAAGAAACAGUGGACUACGUGGAUGAUCAUCAGGUCAUCAACUGGCUUAUGCUGAAUGUUCUCGCAGGUGGUGAUUCAACGGCUGGUGCAAUGCGUGCCCCGGCGUAUCAUCUCCUUAAGAAUCCGUUGAUUUGCGAAAAGAUGGUUGCUGAGCUUCGAAGCGCAGAUUUGACACUUCCUGUUCCGCAGUGGAAGGAAAUCAGUCAACUUCCCUACUUCGACGCCUGCAUGCGCGAAGCGAUGCGUAUUUCUCCCGCUGUUGGUUUACUUCUCGAGCGCGAAGUUCCCAAGGAAGGACUUGAGUUACCAGACGGACGCUUCAUCCCAGCCGGUACAAAGGUUGGUAUAAAUCCAUGCGUCGUGACGCGCGACGUUGGCGUCUUUGGUGAGGAUGUCGAUGUGUUUAGACCUGAGAGAUGGUUGAGAAACAAGGAUGAGUCGGAGCAAAGCCAUGCUGCGAGGGUGCGAAGAAUGCAUGAGUGUACUGAGAUGAUGUUUGGACAUGGAUCCAGAGUUUGUAUGGGCAAGUAUAUGUCCAAGUUGGAGAUGUACAAGAUGUUUGCUACUUUGUACGUCAACUUUGAUGUCCGAAUUACUGAUCCCAACCAUACGUGGAAUUAUGAGAAUAACUGGUUCAUGUAUCACAGAGACAUCCCUUGCACCAUCAGUCGUCGUCAAAAGUCUUAG